AUGAAGGUGCCGUGCCGAAUAGGCACAGUCGUCAGCACGAUAUGCCUUCUAUUUGCCUCUGUCCAAACACAUUCCCUGAGCAGAAAACCUCUAAACUACUUGACCCUCGUCGAGAACGCUGAAAUUGGCACGCCUUCGUCCCGGGUACAUGCUUACUCACACUUCGACCUCUUCUUCGACCUUCACCAGGAAAGGCAGCAGGUGAAGCUUACUCUGGAACCGAACCAUGAUAUAAUUGCAAAAGGAGCGUCGGUGCAGUAUCUAGGACAGGACGGCGAAUUAGUACGCACAGAGGAGAUCGAUCGACGAGCGCACAAAGUUUUCAAGGGAGAUGCAUGGACCCAGGAUUAUGAUGGGAGAUGGACGAAGAUAGGUUGGGCCAGAAUAGUCAUUCGGAGAGAUGGAACCGACCCGUUGUUUGAAGGCGCAUUUACAAUCAUGCACGACCAUCACCACAUCCAAUUACGAUCCAAUUACAUCUCUACAAAGCACGCAUUGGACCCUGAGGUGGAAUUAACUGACGACGAGUACAUGGUCAUAUUCCGGGAUUCAGACAUCGACAAGAGACCAUUGAACGGGCACACAGAGCUACGGAGGUCUGGCGAAAUUCAAGGUUCCUGCAGAUCUCAUGAACUACACUUCAACUCCGACCCCCAGCAAACCGUGCUGAAACGCAGCGUUGGAUCUUGGGGCGCUGCACCGAUCAUUUCACUAUUCGGGAAGCGACAAAUUGAUACUGGCGGUAUCCCUGCUGGGGGUAACUCUGGAAGUGUCAAUCUGAAAAGCACUAUCGGUAAUUCAGCUGGUUGUCCUACAACACGAAAAGUGGCUUUGAUUGGUGUAGCUACCGAUUGCACCUACACUGGGUCGUUCAACUCAUCCGAAACUGCACACUCUAAUGUGAUCACUCAGAUCAACUCAGCUUCGAAUGUGUACGAGAGUACUUUCAAUAUCUCAUUGGGGCUCCAGAAUCUCACUGUCAGCGACGCGACAUGCCCUGGCACCCCAGCGGCUGCUACGCCAUGGAACACUGGCUGCGGAGGCAAUACGUCUAUCACAGAUCGGCUCAAUACGUUUUCGCAAUGGCGAGGUGACAACCCGGAUAGCAAUGCUUAUUGGACCCUUUUGACUACUUGUCAAACUGGUGCUGAGGUCGGUUUAUCAUGGCUUGGCCAACUCUGCGUGAACGAUGUAACGAACAGCUCGGGAGAAGUCGUCAGUGGUGCCAAUGUGGUGGCAAAGACUUCCACAGAAUGGCAAGUCAUUGCCCACGAAUCCGGUCACACCUUUGGAGCCGUCCAUGACUGCGAUUCGCAGACCUGUGCAUCAAGCGAGACUGUCAACUCCCAGCAAUGCUGCCCUCUCAGCACCACUACCUGCGAUGCGGGGUCCAAGUACAUCAUGAAUCCUUAUGAGGUGGAUGGCAUAUCGGCAUUCAGCGCCUGCACUGUCGGUAAUAUCUGCUCUGCCCUUGGCCGCAAUACGGCCAACAAUGCGGCAACGGCAUUGUCGAAGAGGGCGAAGACUGCGAUUGCGGGGGCACCGCGAAUUGUGGUAGCAACGCCUGCUGCGACGCCACGACCUGUAAAUUCAAGGAUGGCGCUGUCUGCGAUCCCUCAAACGAGGACUGCUGCACUAAUUGCCAACUCUCCAGCGCCGGUACAGUAUGCAGAGCCAGUACCGGCCAGUGCGACCCGCAGGAGACCUGUAGUGGCACCAACGCGACCUGUCCCCCCGAUGCCUCUGCGCCCAAUGGACAGAGCUGCGGAAACAGCUCUCAAAGCCUCCAAUGCGCAAGCGGACAAUGUACAUCAAGGGAUCAGCAGUGCAAGACAUUGA